GAGUACAGCGCUUAAUCGGAGCACAGUGCGCAUGCUCAAUGGCCGCUCCUGAAGAACAACUCCCCAGAUCCCAUAGCAACCGCUCAGUCGCUGCAACGUCGUUGGCUGGGGUCGCUUAUCACGUGAACCGCGGACCGUGUCUGCGCAAGCGCAUGGGAGCAGCAGAAGCGCUGUCUGUGGCCGAUGCACUGUCCCUACCUGCAGAAUCCUACGGCAAUGAUCCCAAUAUUGAGAUGGCGUGGGCCGUGAAGGCGUAUCAGCACGCAGAGGUGUACUUCAAUCUUAUAUGCUCAGUUGACCCGCACCUCCUGAAGCUGACGCGCAUGGACCAAGACAUCUACACAGCUUUCCGAACAGAAUUUCCAGAUCUUCGCAUCGAUGUAAUCGACCCUGAAGACCUGAAGUCCCCAGCUGCAAAAGAAAAAUGGCGGCCAUUCUGCAUGCAGUUUGAAAAUCAGGUGGAAGACUUUAACUACGGGACCCUGCUAAGACUGGACAGCAGCAAGGAGUAUACGGAGGAGAAUACCAUCUUUUCUACCAGAAUCCAGUUUUUUGCUAUCGAAAUUGCACGGAACAGAGAAGGAUGCAAUGACGUGGUUUACAAUCAGAGGCUAAAUGACGCUGCAAAGUGACGGAUACAUGGGUAAUAUCUAUUGGCAGCGGCUGAAUGCCAUCGUGCAGAUGGGGGGUGAAGAGAGAACUAUGAGAUCUGACCCGUGUGCCCUACAUGACGAUACCAGUUACCAAACAAUUGAAACUUUAUUUUCUGCUGUUUUCCACUAUUCACUCAUUUGGCAAACAGGAAAAUACCCAAAACUCAUUGCUGCCACCACAGACUUUAAAACCGCUUUAAACUGAAACAAAGUGCCAACCAGGAGUAUUCAGACACCUGAGGUUUUUUUUUUUUUUUGAAUCUUAAUAAAUUGCAUGUCUAUAUACAGAUU